CACGGUAAAGGUGGGUUAGGUCUGUGUCCGAGAGCUAAAAUGCCUGCUUCCUGACAUUGUUACUCUUACAGGAAGCUAAUAACAAACACUGCAAAGGAAAUAAAAGAAGAAGAACAAGUAGGUAGAGUUACGCAACUUCAGGUGCAAGGGCACUGGAGUAAAUGGAAUAACUACAUCAAGCACGAUCUCUCCUGGAAAUCCUUGUUGGCAAUGCAACCAAACUUAGUGUCAUUCUGCUUAAGUUCGACCUACGACAUUCUUCCUUCCCCGGGUAAUUUAAAGCUUUGGCGGAUAUCCACUGAAUCCUCUUGUUUUUUUAUGUGAAAAAAAAUUGUGCACCACAGCUCACAUCCUAGGUGCCUGCAAAACUGCUCUUGCACAGGGUAGACUUACAUUCCGCCACGAUUCUGUUUUAAAACAACCUGUGGAGUUGCUCACUACUUUUUGUAAGUCCAUUACGUCACCUGUAAAACAGCUAAAUAGCAUUAAGUUUAUUAAGGCUGGUGCCCACACUCCUGGUAAAAAGUCUACAUCUUGCCUGCGACUGGAUGAUUUUGUCUAACUUAACCCUAUUAGGUCUGGGUUUUUUUUAACAUACUAUGACCGGGGGAGCGGAAUCGCUCCCCUCAAUAACUUUUCAUAGGGUUGUUUAAAUUGAAUCAAACUUGGCACACUUAUAGUACGUCAUAAAAAGAACAAAAUGGCAGCAAUAAAUUUUUGCGUCAGCACAUUUUCUGUGACGUCAUCAGAAGCUUGAAAUUAUCUAUCUGCUUAAAAUUUAAUUACUUUUGUUCCAGAUCGAAUUUUUGUAUUCUGUUUGAAGUUUCUGAAAGCUAAAUAAAAGUUAUUUAACAUAUUUUCCGGUUUUUACGUGUAUCGAAUAAAAAAUUGCAAAAAAUUACCCGAAUAUCCGGUUUUUUCCGACUUUCGGGUAAAAUCCGACAAAAUCGGGAAAUCGGAUUAAUCACGUGUCCAAAUUAUGCAAAAUGAUUCUUCUUAAUAAAAUAAAGUUGUGUUGCAAGUUUCAAACUCUAAAGAUAAUCCUAACAGGAGUUAUUAAAUUUUAGCCAUCAUAAGGAUUUCAUAGAGAUUUUUAGGGGUAGCUUCGAGUAAUGGGCAAUGUCCAACUCUCUGAAAGGUAUGGGACGUAAAAAUUUGGCAUGCAGGUGCCUAAUAGAUAAAUAUUGAAACUCAAUAAAUUUCAUAGCCAAAUAACCUAGCAAUAAGGUGUUUUUUAAAAAAAACCGUCAGGGAGAAGGGGGGGUGGGGGGCAGAAAACGCCCCGGACUGAAUAGGGUUAAAGGACGGAUUUGCUUUCCCUGGGCAUAUUGCUUUAACAUCACUCAGGCCAGAUGUCGUUAUCUAUUCCAACAACAAGAAGCAUGUGAUUGUGAUGGAGCUUACCUGUCCAUGCGAGGAAAAUAUGGAAACUUGGCAUUCAACUAAGAUGUCCAAAUGCAAUCCUCUGGUGAACAUCAUCAAACAAAACGGUUGGCAUACAGAUCUUUUUGCCAACGAAGUAGGUGCCAGCGGCUACUGCUCUCGAUCUGUUUCUUCGUGUUUAAAAAGACUGGGAUUGGAUCGCAGAAAAACUUUUCAAGCUGCUCGUCAACUUGGUGAAAUGUGCAUGAAAGCUUCUUUCUGUAUUUGGGUCGCUAGAAAUACAAAGGUAUGGAAUGAACACAGCCACAUCCCUAUUUCAACCAACUAUUCCAUACCCACUCCUCUAAUGCCAAAGGCCAAACAACCAACAGUCACCAAGCCCAGUACACCUGUUAAAGCAGGCCUAGACCAACCUACCCAAAGCAAAGUAAUUUACGCAGGAUUAAUGAAUAAAAGAAACACCUGUUACGCCAAUUCCAUCCUGCAAGCAUUAACUGCAAUCCCAUCAUUUUGGUCACAUUUUGCUUCGGAAUCUUCUCCUGUUUCUCCUCUAUUGAAGUCUUUUAUGCUGAGUAUGUCCAUGCCGUCCCAGUCUUCCACAGCUGUUGACCCUUCCCCCUUCUUAAGAGCCUUGCAGCGUGAGAUGUCCAGCAUUAGGAAGACCCCAUUCAACAUUAAUACCUAGCAGGACGUGCCAGAAAUACUGCUUCAUGUCUUGGGUGAAUUACCAGGCCCUUCGGUUAUCGCAAAUAAUAUCAUCAUUAACAUAACCACUACGACGUCUUGCAAUGCAUGCUUCUUAUCAACUAGCAGGGAGGAAAGUAUGCCUAUUGUGCCACUCCCUAUCUCAAACAGCGUUACAGGUUCAAUUAAUUGUUUUUUGCAGCCCGAAAAUUUGUCUGGAAAUGACAGGUGGCUUUGCCUGCAGUGCUCUUCUUAUCAAGAAAGUACAAGCGAAACGGUUUUCACCCAGUGUGGAGACAUUCUAAUUAUCCAACUGAAGAGGUUUACGUUUCUUGAUGGAAGAACCCUAAAAAAUAACAAAUUUGUUACCUGCCUUGCUUCAAAUGAUGACAUUUUUAGAGUUCUCUCUCUGCCAACGGAUGACAUAUCAUUUAACAACAAAUAUUCGUUAGCUGCCACUAUUAAUCAUUCGGACACCCUAGAAGCAGGUCACUAUUGGGCAUUCAUUAAAGAUCGCAGAUGUGGCUCAUGGUUAAGAUGUGACGAUAAAGCAGUUGUUAGAGUUGCACCAUCCGAUUUAAAUAACUCUUCUGUGUAUGUGUUGUUUUUUGUGAAAAUGUAAAAAUUGUCUGAUUAACAUUCACAUAAAGGGGGAGGGUUAUCUUUCCCUAGCGGUUUUGUAUUACCCGGCUGUUUCUGUCACAAGCAGUCUACCGUGAACCUAGAGUUUGCUCACUCUUCACUCUCUUAUAGAGUAAUCAUAAGAACCAUAGCAAGGGGGUUUGACUAUAUCUUGUCUUUGGGUGCGACGAACCCACUUUUUACCCCAGUCCAGUAGGGAGGCCAAGUUUGCUCACUUGGUCUACAGGGUUAACGAUCCUGCUGUACCCAUAGUUAUUCUUGUAAGAAGCUCUGCAAGGGUUUGUGAAAUUUCUCUUUCAUGUCUUCGUAGUUUUACGCCCACGCAUAUCACCCCAGUAACUUCAGGCUGGUCCUGACCAAGGCUGGUCCUUAGCAUCAAUCACCUGUGUAAGGCUGAGUGUUGGGAUCCCGUAACACGUGUAAAGCUACAGCCAGGUUCACAAGUCCUGGCGCAUAGGUAGUUGUUUGCCCCCUUUUUAUAGUUUUUAUUUAUUUGUAUAUAUAUACGUUUUAUGUCAAUAUAUGUUGUUUUUUUUGUUUUGUUGUUGCAAUAUUUGUAUUGUCCAGAGGGUUGCUUUUUCAAUUAACUUGGUUGUACAGACCAUCCUUGUAAAUGGGAGAUCUUGCUUUGUGUAGAGAUCUUUUAGAGGGUUUAACCUCUACCACUUAAAAUAAGAGUCAUUGGACUAGUCGAAUCAUUACAGCUUGCUGUUUUAUUAUCUCAUAAUCAAAAAAAAAAUUGAUGAAGAACCAUGUGAUAAUGUACAGGUAUUUUUUGAUAAUUGUAAAGUACUUACUUUUUACAAAGAGUGUCAGUGCCAAGACUUAGCAAUCUAUUUUUUCGUCUUUUUUUUUCAUACAGAAUAUAUAUGUUUACUGUUCAGUUCUAAGGUGAUGAGCCAGAAAUAUGAAACGAUCCUAAUACAACUUCGCCCGAAGAUUUUGUUGUCGAUACGUCUGAUAAAAUGUGUCACUGAAAAUGUGCAACAGUUAUAAAAAGUGUGCUGAACGUUCUUAUGAGUUGGAUGGUGCUAAACUUUAUGUCUGAUAGUACAUCAGAUAAUUUUACUGCUGUUGUCAAAAAAUUCUUCUUCUAUAUCAAUAUGUUUAGUCAGAAUUCCUCAAUGAGUUCAUCAAUACGUUUCUAUCCACGCUUUACAUGGCAAGAAAAUUUCUUGGAAGUUAAAGAGAUGAUUUUAAUAAAUAUGUGGUGUGUACAAGAUGCGACUCUGUAUUUAAAUUUGAUGAUUGCUACGAAUACUAUGGUGGUAAAAUCAAGUUUGUUAUUUUGAUGUUUUGUAUGUGUAUAUGGCAUUAGCAAUAUGAAAAAUUUUUUAUCUUCUACAUAAAUAUGAGCCUUCUAUUUAGAUUGGAUCAACUGUAAAUACACCAUUUUUUAGUUGUAUAUACACGUUUUUGUUAUAGGUAAGCGCAUAUCAAAAAAGUGUUCUUAUGUUGCUUUUCCUAAACAUCCAACACAACAUUUCAGAUCGCCUUGUGGCACAACGUUGAUGAAAACUUUUAAUUGCAAAUAUAUAUUUCUGUAUCCAUAUAAAGCUUACUGUGCUCGCAGCAUCAAAUCUUCUGUUCAGGAAUUACUGAAAUGUCCAGGAUUUAAAGAGUUGUUGUAUCAAGGACCAUAAUUUUCCAAAACUGAAGCGUUGGCUAAUAUAUGUGAUGGCAAUGUGUACCAAGAGUUUUUACAUAAAAAUAGGAAUUUGUUUUUUAAAGAUGAAAGAAAUUUAGGACUAAUGCUAAAUGUUGAUUGGUUCAAUCCUUUCAAGAACAGCGCCUUCUUCACCUUGCUUCCGAUUGGAAAAUACUGUCAGAUUUAGAUUCCGUUUUAGUUGUUUCACUAUACAUUGCCAUAACACAACUACGCCCAGUUGUGUUAUUAAUAUCGAGUUCUUCCAAAACUGUAACUAUGUUAGAACUGACUUGUCCAUGUGAAGAGAACACGGAAUAUUGGCACGAACGACAGCUUAACAAAUAUUCUUCACUUUGUUAUGCUUUGAAAAACAAUUGGUGGAUCAUGCAUUUCUUUGCCAUUGAGGUGGGCACAAGGGGUUUCUGUUCAGAAACCCCUGAGAAAUCUUCCGCAAGUCACACAAAAUCUUGUAAAAUCAAAAAACCCGAAAAACUUGCUACAAGGUUUUCCAAAACAACAGUCGCAUUGCCAUCUAACCCUGAUUUUAGGAAUAGCGGUCUAAAAAACAUGUUAUGCAACCUCAACCUUACAAUGUUUUUAUAACCUUCCAAGAGUUAAAGAAGCCAUUUCUGUCAGCAAAACAACCUCAAAGUUAGGCGAAGCAUUUGUAGGUGUUCUUCAAAGUUUAGCUGUUUCUACAAGUCCAGUUGAUCCCUCCCAUUUUUUGCGUGCUAUGCAACAUCAUAUCUCAGCUGCGAAGGGAAGUGCAUUUAAUAUCUUUGCUCAGCAUGACGUCCCCGAGGUUCUUGAAUAUCUCCUACCUGGUCUGUCAUUAGACUUUCCAUUUCUUGGAAGUCUUUUUAGUAUUAGCAUCAACCACUUGCAAUUCAUGUCAUAUUACCAGCUCCUCAGAAGUUAUAGCACCAUGCAUCCAACUUUCUCUGCACCCUACGUUACAAUCUUCCUUAGAUAAUUUCUUUGAAAGCGAGGAGUUGUCAGACACCAAUGCCUACUUCUGCCAUGUUUGCAACGCUCAUCAAACUGCUCUAAUUGAAAAAGAGGUAGUGUCGUGCGGUUCCCAUCUCAUUUUACAGCUAAAACGGUUUGCCAGUGUAACGGCGUUAUGUCAAAAAUUGCCUUUCGUAUUACUGCUUACCCUGGUACCAUUUCCAUACCUUUUACCGUAGAUGGAGAAGUGAAAUUUCGUAAAAAAUUUUAAUUAAGGGCUAUUAUCAACCAUUGCGGCAACUUAAAUAAUGGUCACUACACAACCAUAGCCUUCGACCAAAUAAUUCACAGGUGGAUACAUUGCAACGAUAGAGCUGUAAUUUUCUGUGAUGACUGCCUUAUUAACAGUCACGAGUCAUAUGUUUUCUUUUUAGAAGAGCUGUAAUAAGAAUAUUUUUACCGGAAUGAGUCAGCAAGGGGGCUUGACUACACUCAGUCUUGUCUUUGGAGAGUGACGACUCCACUUAUUACUCCAGUCAAGAAUAAAACAAAAUCAAAAAAAAAUUAAGUUAGCAAGGGGGUUUGAUCAUACUAGGUCCUGUCUUUGGAGAAUGACGACUCCACUUAUUACCCCAGUCAAAAAUAAAACAAAAUCAAAUAAAAAUUAAGUUAGCAAGGGGGUUUGAUCAUACUAGGUCUUGUCUUUGGAGAGUGACGACUCCACUUAUUACCCCAGUUAAAAGAAAAACACAAAAAAAAUAUUAGCAGGGGGGGUUGAUCACACAUGAUCUUGUCUUUGGAGAGUAGCGACUCCACUUAAUACCUGAGUUAAAAACACAGUUUACUUUAGGAAGAUAGGGAUGUCUAGUUUCUGCUGAUGAUCGUCCGCGGACCUCUUCGAGGUGACCCAGGGUACUUAGGUUUAGAAAUAUUGGUCGAAACCUACCUGCCCUUGGUUAAAGUUCUGUUCAUCUUUUCAAAUGUGUUGUGUCCUUUUUAUUUUUUUAUUUUUUUUUAAUCCAUACCUCCUAAUUCAUACAAAUAUGUCCAGAUCCCUAGAUAUUUCACAAAUGGCGUCAGCUCCCCAAACCUGAAUAACGCAUGGUCACCUAACACCCACUCAAAGAUAUCCUGAACGCAGCAGCAAACAAACGCACGUAUGGUAGAAAUGACAUCCUUUUGUUUGUAAAUACACACGCGCCAGUGCACAACGUUGCUACAAGUU